GUGACGAGGAAGAUGCAUCGAUCAGACAACACAUCUCACUGAUUCACGCAAGUAUUCCUGGUGAUGACUCGGAAACGAAACCGAAUCGACGUUACAGAUUACAAUUCGUCAGUGGCGCAGAUCCGUCAGAAACUGCAUGGAUUCCGGCAAUGCGAUCAGUAAUCGAUCAGCGCAUAGCUGAUGAACAACCACCGCGACCGGUCGGGAACGCAGAUCAACGGACUGAUUAUCAACAGCAACAACAGCAGCAACAGUAUGUAUCAUCAGAGCAGCAGGCCACUAUCACAGAACAGCAGAAGCAAGAGGUAGUUGUUGUGCUAUCUUUAUAUUUGGCAGUGGAUUGGCACGCUGAGCAUCAAGAGCCAUUGUUGAUGGCACAUGUUGAAGAGUCCAUCCCAAGUGACAUGUCGUCAAAGUCGACUACAAAUCAGAUUUCGAAUGAGGCAAAGCCACGAAUGUCUCCGGCCGGUGGUGCUGUCGCAAGAGUUGGUGGUGGUGAGCAUCAUCAACAUCAUAUCCUGCAUCAACGUCGAACCAGUACAAACGCAACGCCUGCCUCCACAGCCGGACAGUCGCAGAUGGCUUUUCCUCCGUCUAUGCCUCCAACCGGGAAUGUGCAUUCAUCUCAUCAUCAGACGGCCUCAAUGCGUGAUCAGCAGCAAUCUGCCAAUGCGCCACAUCAGAAUACGGCGACCUCAGCACAAGCUCAUGCCAAUGCCAUGUCAAAUAUGAUGCCGUCAAAUGAGGCAAUGGGGCAGCCGCCGCAGUUAUAUACCGCAGAAACUGGACGUGAUUCUUCGUAUAUGGCGGCGAAAGGUGGUGGUGGUCAGCAGCAGCAGACACAUGCAAUGUUUUGGCAGGGUGAAGAGGCGAACAUUCGAACGGCGAGUCGAGACGGGAGAGAGGAGGAUUCAAGCGAAUCGCAUUUCACUGUAGUGCCGAGUGAUACGACAUCGGCAUCAUCUGCGAUGACAAAUCAACAGUUGAAUAUGAUGGGUGGUGGAUACGAUGGUACGCAGAUGGGUAUGACGGCAAACAGCAGAUCGCAAGAUCAAGUGGAAGAAGAUCAAAUGACUGAUGCUGGGUUCACUGGUAUAACCACAACAAUGACGGCAACAAGGACUAGUAAUAGCAGUACGAGUGUUAAUGAAUCGACGUAUAGAAAGCACUCAGGUACGAAUGAUGCCUCAGGAACGCCGACAACAACAGCGGGCAUGGUGUCGCCUUAUUCACAAAUGAACGAUAGUGUUUUCACGCCGACUGUUGUCUCAAAGCAGCCACAAACAGCUCCAUCUGCAGCUAGAAUGCCCCCGCAGCCGCCAUCGGUAAAUGCACCCCAAAUGCCGCAGAUGGGCCAGGCACAGGCAUCGUCGUCGAGCGAAAAUGAUGUCCGUAGCGGGCAAAUGAACUCUUCUGCUGCGGCAAAUGCUGGAGGAGCAAACGGAGCACACCAACAAAAUCAUCAAAGUAGUGGUGGAGGUAUAUUCAGUAUUUUGAAAGCAAAGAUUGUGAAAGCAAUCCCAACCGGACACGAGAUGAUUUUGCCGGAUGAUAAGAACCCAUCGAUCGUAUGGGAUCCAGUCUUGAACAAAUAUGUUGGUGCCGGGGUUGAAGAGGAACCUAUCAAUACACCACCACCGUCUACGGCCAAUUCGGGCUUAUUCGAAUCAAUGUCGACGCACGGAUCCAGCGGUGGACUGCGAGCUGCACGAGUUAGUGGAGGUGAAUUGAUUUUUCUUCUGAUUGUGAUUCGAUCGCGAUACUUCAAUCCGUUGAAUGAUGCGAGUUCGUCAUCGGCGCAAACCCUUUCGCAAUCACCCGUACCAGUAAUGCAAAUGCCUGUGCCGACAACUAGUUUUGGUUUUAUACCCUCUAUGCCAGGUGAGUAG